AUGACCACACGACCAGGAACGCCAAAGGACAUGGGGCUCGAGCCCAAAGUUGAAUCCAAAGGUUGGGGCGAUCCCCGUCUCUCUGCCGCUGUUCCUCUUGGACUGGCGAGUAAACGAGAAAGUAAUAGAAGACGAGGAGGGGGAGGAGAAGGCGGCGGCGGAAUAGAGCCCCAGAGAGGGAGCCAAAGCCGCCAUAUUGCCAGUUGGGCAAGCCGCCUGGGGCUCUCUGUCCGCUUCAAAGAUGGAGACAAUGAAAAAGAGCUCCCACCAGUCGUUCGUUCUAGCCUUGGACGGAACGGCUUCGUCUCACCACAGGAACGCCCCGCCGUUGGAUGUUCCGAUUCUCGAGGCGUCCACCCACAUGUGGCUCAGGCCAUCGAGCUUGUUGCUUGA